AUUCUAGAGAGAGAGAGGAGAUAACGAAGGAAGAGAAAGAGUAGUAGUAGAACUGUAGAAGAAGAGAGAGAGAGAGGAGAGAAUGCAGAGGUGUCUCGUGAGGUAGCAGGUGAAAGGAAGAGAGAAAUAAAAGAACGGAAAAGCUCUCUCCUCACCUCUCUUGUCCUCUCUUCUUUCUUUCUUUCUAUAAUCUUCUCAAUCCAACUUCUCUCUUUCUCUCUCUAUACUUUCUAACACUUGCAUUCAUUCCUUGCUUCUUCCUUUUAAAUCACGAGAUCCUCAUCUCUUUUCUUUCUUUCUUUCUUUCAAUUUUCUCUUCCAUGUCUUCUUCAAAGCUUCUUUGGUUUCAUUUCUCUCUCUAUUGUUGGUGGUGGUCUUGUAGUUUUAGAUACAUGCAUUGUUGAAAGGGAAGAUCGAAUAGAAGAACCAAAGCGCAGAAGGAAAGAACAAUAAAGAUUGAAUCUUUUGUAGUUGUUCUGGGUGGAAAAUGUCACAUUCAGGAAAGCCCAAAACCAAAAAGGGGGUUGAUUCGCUCGCUGAUCAGUUUCGUGGCGCUCUGAGUUGCGAAGACAACAAACCUGAUUUCAAGGAACUCGAUCUUGGUUCGCCAAUUUCUCCAUUGAGGACUCGUCGGUCGGGUGGCGGUGGCCCUGCUGUCAGUGGGUUGACCACUACGAGCAGCAGUUCUAGUUCGUCAGGUUCGGUCUCGGGGAAAACUUUGAACAACCCAGUCGUCAAAAGAUCCGAUGGUGGUGGAAACAACCACUCAGGUGAGCUGUCGGGCUCGAGCGAAAAUAGUCCAACUGCGGAGAGCACUCGAUCCGCCCCUGCAACUCGUAAUUACAAGCCGGGUCAUCGCAGAUCGAAUUCCGGCGGCGCCCCAUUGAUUUAUUCGGGCGGAAGCGUCGCUAGCGGUGGCGGCUGUGGAGGCUCUGUUAAUUCACCAAGUGUGAAUGUACUUCCCAGCGGAAACAUUUGUCCGUCUGGAAAGAUUUUGAAGACUGGAAUGGCUACCAGGAGCUCUCCAAGAAGUGAUGUUCUUGGCUCGGGCACUGUGAACUACGGGCAUGGUAGUAUAAUGCGGGGCGGCGUGGGUGGUGGCAAAAUGGGUGGCGGUAGUAGUGGUGGUGAAACGAGUCCGGCCAAUGUGACGGGUAAUAUACAAUUCGCUGGGGAAUCAGUGAGGAGGGCUAUGGCGAGUUCGGAUCCAGAGGAGGUGAAGAAGGCAGGUAAUGAGCAAUACAGAAGGGGAAAUUUUUUAGAAGCAUUGUCUCUUUAUGAUCGAGCAAUUGCUAUAUCUCCCGACAAUGCAGCAUGUAGAAGUAACAGGGCAGCUGCAUUGACGGGUCUUGGUAGGCUAACCGAGGCCGUAAGGGAAUGCGAAGAGGCUGUCAGGCUAGAUCCUGCUUAUGGCAGGGCCCAUAAGCGUUUGGCAUCUUUGCAUCUGCGGCUAGGGCAAGCUGAAAAUGCCCGGAAACACUUGUGUUUUCCUGGUCAGCAGCCUGAUCCAGUGGACUUACAGAAGUUGCAGGCUGUGGAGAGACAUUUGAACAGGUGUGCUGAUGCCCGGAAGAUUGGUGAUUGGAAGAGUGCAUUGAGGGAAAGUGAUGCUGCCAUUGCAGCUGGAGGAGAGUCUUCUCCUCAGCUCUUUGCAUGUAGAGUAGAAGCGUUCUUGAAGCUUCACCAGCUAGAGGAUGCAGCGUCUGGCCUUUCAAGCAUACCCAAAUACGAACCAACUACCCCUUCAUGUUCACAGGCCAAGUUCUUUGGAAUGCUUUCCGAAGCAUACAUUUACUUUGUCCGGGCCCAGGUUGACAUGGCAUUGGGGAGGUUUGAGAAUGCAGUUGCUGCAGCUGAGAGAGGUGGGAAAAUUGAUCCUCGUAGCAUUGAAAUUGGGGUGAUGCUUAACAAUGUGAGGUUAGUGGCAAGAGCCCGUGCCCGUGGUAAUGACCUCUUCAAUGCUGGGAUGUUUGCUGAAGCCUGCUUAGCAUAUGGUGAGGGCCUCAAGUUUGAUCCUUCCAAUUCUGUCCUUCAUUGCAAUAGAGCAGCAUGUUGGUCUAAGCUUGAGCAGUGGGAGAGAUCUGUUGAAGACUGUAACCAAGCUCUCAGGAUCCAGCCCAAUUACACCAAGGCACUUCUUCGACGGGCUGCCUCAAAUGGCAAGCUAGAACAAUGGGCUGAAUCUGUGAGAGACUAUGAAGUCUUGAGAAAGGAACUUCCAGGUGAUAAUGAGGUUGCAGAAGCUUUAUUCCAUGCCCAAGUUGCAUUAAAGAAGUCCCGAGGAGAGGAAGUUCAUAACAUGAAAUUUGGUGGUGAGGUGGAGGAAGUAUCAGGUCUUGAUCAAUUUAGAGCUGCAAUAUCUUCCCCUGGUGUUUCAAUAGUGCAUUUCAAGGCAGCAUCAAACAAGCAGUGUGAGCAGAUAUCUCCCUUUGUAGACACUCUAUGUCUCCGGUAUCCAUCUGUGAGUUUUGUCAAGGUUGACGUGGAGGGGAGCCCAAUGGUAGCCAAGGCAGAGAAUGUGAGAAUUGUUCCAACAUUCAAGAUCUACAAGAAUGGUAGCAGAGUUAAGGAGAUGAUCUGCCCUACUCACCAGGUUUUGGAGUACUCGGUGAGGCAUUACAGUCUCUAGUACAAGCAUUUGUAUCUCAUUUUCUUUCUUCUUUUCCCCCCUCUUGCAAUCCAGCCCCAUAUCCUGAUGGGAGCUUUCCCAAUGUCCUUAUCCUUCCACCAAUUCAUACAGAAUUAGCAGUUCCCCUUAGACCAAAACCAGCUAUGUAAUAAUAUCAUAGGCCAAGGCUAAGAACCCAGAGAGAGAACCUAGUCCGGUAGCAGUUUUAUUCAUUCUUUCCAUUUCAUUUGUUUCUCUGGUUAUAUGUUCCACCCUUGCAUCUUUCAUUUUCCAAUUCCUUUAUCCCCCUCAGUCCUUAGGCCGGUCUCAUUCUUGUAUCCUCACCUUCCUCAUCAGGAGAAGAAAGCUGUACACUUAAAUUGACACUUUUAGUUCUAUUUGAGAGAGAGAGAGAGAGAUGAUAUUGUGGCUGGUAGAAGAUAUUGUGUACAUGUACAUAUAAGAAAUAUACCCCCAAAAAAAAAAAAAUUUGGAAGUGACGAGAGAUUGGAGAUCUGGUGGUUAGUACAGGGUUAGUGAGAGGAGGUUGACCAAGAUGAUGUUAUUGUUGUUGCUAUGCUCUACCAUUCCUUGAAUAAGAAAAAAAAUCUCAUUCUUUUUGUUA